UAAAUCACCAGCCACAACAAAUUUCCUUUCAGUUUAACUUUGCAGGAUGGUCACUGAACAAGAGACAUACGGGGAUUUUGACCUUUCAGAGCUGAAGUAUGUUACACACUGUCCAACAUUUCAUAUUUAAAAGCCAGGAUACAUGUGGUCAAGAAAUAUCAGAUUGUGGUCAAGAUGGCAAAAAUGUGGAAGUUUGAAUAAGCUAGGAGAGGCUGCAGCAGUGUGUUUUCAUGAGUUUAUAAGGAAAUGCAAAUUCUGUCUGUUCCUAUAUCCCAUGGAGUUAAUUAGUGCAAACUACUUUUGUACUUUGAACUCAUUUUCCAGCAAUUGAAAAUGAUCAUAUACAUUACUUGUUGUUUUCUGGGCAUCAGAAAUAUAUUCUUUAUUUGAAUGAAUCUUUUUUUCUGUUAGAAAAACAACACACCUGUUUUCUUUUUAGCUUCAACUUAGUAGCAAGCACUAUUUUAAUCUUUUGGAGAUUUUCUAUAUGAUUAGAGUGCAAACGGGAAGAUCAUGGUUAUUUCCUCCAGCUUCUCUCAUUUCUUUUUCUCACGUGAAAAGAUCUGAAAUGUGCUAGGAGGAAGUCAUAGGCCAACUUUGUUGUGGGAUUGAUAGAGCUGCAGUAAGACUUUGUUGAUCUCUACAUUCUGAAACAAUGGCUUUAGUUAAUGCAGUGAUUCCCAACCCGUGGCCUGUGACCCAGUGGUGGGCUGCGAGGCCUAAAAUUAGGUCUAGGAAAUAUGGGGGAAAUUUUUUUUAUUGGUGUCUUCAUUUUUAGGCCUGUUUCUGGAGUUAUUUGGAGUGCUGAUUCAGAAAAUUGCACAGGAUAGAGCAAAUCAGCUCUAGAUUAUUAAAUAUGGUUUUCUAUGGGCAAACAGAUGGUGACUACUGGAUGGCAUAUGUUUAUCAGAAACUAGAGCUGAUGUAGUCUAUCCAAUUCAAGUUUCUGAAUCAGCACCCCAAAUAACCAAAUCAGGUCAAAGUGGUUCCUGGUCAAGUGAUCCCUGGUCAAAAAAAGGUUGGGAACAAAUGAGUUAAUGGAUGGAGAGGAGUCAAUUUUAAUGAUUUAGGCCGGGGAAAUGUGUUCAAAGGAAAUGAGACUUAUUUGUUGUGUUUUAAAACCUUUUGGGUCUGAUGGCAUAUCAUAUAGCACCUGAGACUCAAAUAGCAUAAUCAGAGGCAUAACCCAAAAGAUAUAAAAAACAAAAUGUCUAUAAAAUAAGUAGGAGCUAAUGUUUGCAAAGGGGCCCCCCUGGCGGCACAGCGGGUUAAACCGCUGAGCUGUUGUACUUGUUGACCAAAAGGUUGGCGGUUUGAAUCCAAGGAGUGGGGUGAGCUCCUGCUGUUAGGCCUAGCUCCUGCCAACCUAGCAGUUUGAAAACAUGCAAAUGUGAGUGGAUCAAUAGGUACUGCUCUGGCGGGAAGGUAACAGCACUCCAUGCAGUCAUGCCAGCCACAUGACCUUGGAGGCAUCUGCAAACAAAGCUGGCUCUUCGGCUUCGAAAUGGAGAUAAGCACCAACCCCCAGAGUCGGACAUGACUAGACUUAAUGUCAGAGGAAACCUUUACCUUUACCUUUUAAUGUUUGCAAAACUGUAUGUUCUUUAAAACAAAACUAGGGUUAGAAAAGCUAAUUUCCCCAAGUUAAUUUCAUUUUAGCAAUUGCAAAAUUCUAAAAAAUGCAGAUUCUAACAUGCUAAUGCAAUUAUUAAUGUAUAACUGCAUUCAAGUUUACUUUUAGAUUUACCAGGUCUGAGUGUGCUAAACCUUACAAAUAUCUGAACCUACUAGUUUUCUGUUAUCUCUCUAAUAAAAUAUUCUUUUAGCUUAUAGUAAGCCAAAACUGGUCUAUCUAGAGCUGCACUGAAUAUUCUGACUACUUUGAUUGAUAGCCAUUCUGUCAGAUCCUAACACAAUCUCAGUUUUUUACACAGAAUUAAGAGUAAUUACAUGGUAAAAUAUAAUACAUGGAAAGUGGGAGAACAAUAUGGGUGGAGAGAAAGAAAGAAAGAAAAAUGAAGAAAAAAAUGAAAGAAAGAACAAGGAGGAAAAAAAAAGGUAUGUGGGAGGGGUUGACUUCCAUCUAUUCCUUGGUGUUUGUAUUGUGACUUUCUGUAUUUUAGUAUUUUAUAGUCCAAACCGUCUUCUUCCCCUUUGUCUCUAAUAUUUUCUUGUUGUUCUUAUCAUUUCAAAUUAUAAGCUCAAUUUUAAGUUGAUUAAAAUAUUCUUUUACCGUGUCCCAGUUCGUUUGUUUUUUUGGUAGUCCUUGGUUCGGAGAGAGCCAGUAAGUUAAUUUAUCCAUAUUCAUUAUUUCUAAGACUUUAUUUUGCCAUUCUUCUCUUUUCGGUAUUUCUUUUGAUCUCCACUUCAUAACUUCUUACACAGGUGUAGUGACAUCUGAAUUCUUAAUAUUAGCUACCAGAUAGAAAACUAGAAAGAUGGCAGAAAAUGGGGGCUCAGAACUUUGGUUUGGGACUCAGAUGUGGCUCAUAGAAAUCAUUGUUCAACUGAGUUGUAAAAGCUUUCCUUCAGCCCUUGGUUCUAGGUCUUAGAGGGAAUCAUAUCUGAGAUCUAUAAUAGCUUUGCAAUUCUUUACUCUGAGAUUAGGUUAUCGUGUUUUCACCAUUACAAAAGUUUCCUAUAGUCAUUUCCUCUACUUUUUUCCUUUAUCAUAUAGAUAUAUCUCUAGUAUAAAAACAGUUAUAGAGAAUGAUUGCUAUUGCUUACAUACUGAUGAAUAUUUGAUUUCUUGUAAGACAUGGAAUGGGGCAUUCAGAACUAUGUUAUUGUAAAUCUCUGGAUCAACAUGUUGACUCCUCAAACAUGGGCACAAGUUUUACACCCAUCAAAAGAUGCCUGCCAAGAAAAAAAAGGUUUCUCGGAUAACAUUCUUUGUUCAAACCAAAAUUACACAAUUGUAUGUUUUCAAAAUAACCAGACAGAAGUCAAGUGGGAUGACAUAAAAUUUUUAAAUGUGACAAUGUUUUAUAGAUUAGAUGGCCAAGACUUGAAGCACUGUCCUCAAUAUACAUUUGACCAAGGAUAUAAAAUUGGAUGUGUCUUUCAGGCUGAGCACAAUGCAAAUCUUCAAAUUUUCAUCAAGGAUGCUAAUGUGACAAAAGAUCUUUAUGAUGAUGAACAGAACAUCUUUAAAUAUUUGAAGCCCAACCCGCCUGAAAAUAUAACCAUCCAAUGGGUGAAUGAUGAAGUGACUGCAAAGUGCAUAACACCUAAGGGUUCUCACGAUUUUAACUUUGAAUUUCAGUACAAAAGCAAUUUUAACAAAUAUUUGGAGAUCAAGAAAAAUGAAUGCUGCAAGAUUAAGGUUCAAGGAUUUGAUCCAGGGAAAUGCUACUCUUUUCGAUUCAGACUGAAAAACAACAAUGGGGAUUAUUUCAGUGAAUGGAGUGCAGAGUCACAUUGGACAAGUGGCAGUUCUGUGGAUUCCUGUUCUACUGAUGCAUUUGAACCUGGAUCAAAUACAGUAAUUCUUUUAACUUCAGUGAUGGGUGGUUUCCUGAUAAUAUUUGUUCUUCUGCUCUGUGUUUGCAGGUUAAGCAGAAUUAGGAACACCCUAAUACCUAUUGUUCCAGACCCCAAACAUGUAUAUUCUGAAAUAUUUACUGGUCACAACAGGGACUUCCAGGAAUGGGCUAGCAAAACUGAGAAUUUGUUGGCUAAAACAAAUUUGCAACGUAUCGAAGAAGAAUGUAUAAUUGAGGAGAAGGGAGCAGAUUUCCAAGAAAGCAAAGUUGAAGCAUAGUAACAAUCAAAGAGCUGCAAUUUGCCUGAAGAAUUCCAAUGCAGGUGGGAACUUCACAAUCAACCUUUGUUCCAUGGUUGCUAAUAGAAACAAAAGUGUAUCUUUUCCUCACAGUCAACUGGUUUUUGCUCAUAAGUUUGUCUCUAUCCUGUUGACUAUACAAUUUUUUCAUACUGCAUAUAUAGCAUUAAGCAACAUGGUGUAAGUAGAAGCAGUCAUUGCACUUAUAGGAGCAUUAAAUCAUUUGUUAAGUAAUCAUUCAGUGCAGAUAUUGUAAAGGAUUUUAAAUGAUACUCUUACAUGCCAUUACAAAUGCUCCAUAGCCACUAGGGGUGUGCAUUUGUAUGAAACCACUGUUUGUUUUGUUUUGUUUCAUUUGUUUUGUAUCAGUUUUGAAUUUGUCCCCAUUUCUGAAAAUGGGGUGCCUAUACGAACAGAAUUUUCAUCUCGCUUACAAAAAACCGAAAAUGUUUGGACCAUUGGCGGCAAUGGGAAGGCUUCCGAGACGCACACCCCUCCCCCCUGCUUGGCUUUUGGGCUAGAGGGGUCAAAAUCACCACACAUGGAGGGAAUUUCGACCCCUUUUAGCCCAUCAACUUUUAAAACAUUUGGGUCUUCCACAGAGUACUAUUGUUAUUAAUAUUAAUAUUAUUAUUAACAUCCAUUGGUAUACAUCAGCUGUCAUGGGGAAGCAGAACUCUCUCUGACACAGCUUAGGGUCACAGAGUAACUAUUGUUAUUACUACUAAUAUUAUUAUUAACACCCAUUGGUACACAUCAGCUGUAAUGGGAAAGCAGCCCUCUGUCAGUACCUGCUCAUUGUUACGUGGCCGAAACGAAAGGAAAAUGAAAGCAAGCAUGAUGACUAUGUAGCUAUCAUUUUCGUAUCACCUCUCAUUUCCUACAAAAAUAUCAUCAUUCAUUUUGUGUAGACGAACAGUCAACACGAAACAAAUGCACAAAAAGCAAAGAAAACAUAUAUCACACACAUCACUAAUAGCCACUCAAAGAGGCCUGCUUGUGGCUUUUUGCUGUUGAAUCUGAAAUUACCAUGCUGUUUUCAAAUGACUAAACUCUGAGAUUCUAUUCUUUAAUAAGCCCAUGAAAAAAGAGAGAGAAGAAACUAUAUCUACAUCAGAACCUCAUAAGGAAGACACAGUAUGAAUUAUCUACUUCUUGGUACAUGUCUAUACUAAAGCAUGUGAAAUUUACACAGCAUCCCUAUCAAACAGACAUGUUUAGGAAUGGUUAGGAUUACAUGGUAUGUUUAUGUGUUCCUUUCUUUCAAGUUUUCCUUUAAUCAGGUUUAGUUCUCUUCUUUUUUUCUCUGCACUGAAAUAUUAUGUCCUGUAAGGAAGGAACUACUUGUUGGGGAUGCUGGAUGACCAGCUUGAGAGGAAACAUGAAAGAUAGCUAUAUAUGAUUACUGCAGCUGGAAUUGUCUGUCCCCAGAGAUGGAAAAAAUGAGCUAUCCCAAUGCAAAAAGGAUGGCUGCCAAAGAUGUGUAAAUUAGCUGAGAUUGACAAACUACCUUUUUUGUAUCUGUUUUUGUAUGUUUGUACUUUUGAAUAAAAUUAGUGUUAAAAAAGAAAAUAUUA